AUGUAUUUUAAUGCUGCUUUCUCCCAUAAUAUUGUCUCUUAUUUUGCCUCUCUUUGUCAAGUGGGGGGACCUGCACUGAUUUCCCAGCACACCUGCCGUGGUUGCAUGUACCCCAUAUCAACAGAGGACUCCAACGUGAAAGAAAUCCUGAAGCAUGCUAUUUCACACUUUAACAACCACAGUGCUCAUUCUCACCUCUUUGAUCUUGGAAAAGCAAAACAUGCUUAUAAACAGGUGGUAGCUGGAUGGAACUUUGAUGUUUCCUACUCAAUUCUGCAAACAAAUUGUUCCAAGGCAGACUUUCCAUUAUUAACUCCAGACUGCCAGAUCCUUUCCAAUGGCGAUAUUGGUGAAUGCUCAGAUAAAGCAUCCAUGGACCUUUCGCAAAGAAUUACUUCCCUCAUACAGAAGUGUGAGACUUCUCCAGCGCUGAAUUUUCCUCCCUUGACGUGUAAAGGCUGUCCCAGAGAGAUCUCUGCCAACAGCCCAGAAUUGAAAAAGGUUCUGAAUCUUUCCAUCAAAAAGCUGAACGCAGAAAAUAAUGAAACUUUCUAUUUCAAGAUUGACAAUGUGAAAAAAGCCACAGCCCAGCUGGUGGAAGGAAUGAUCUACAGAAUAGAAUUCAUGGCCAGGGAAACCACAUGUUCUAAGGAAAGUAAUACAGAGUUCACCAGUAGUUGUGAGACCAAGGAACCAGGGAAAGCUCUAAUCUGUAAUGCUAAUGUUUACAUGAUACCUUGGAUGAACGAAACUACAACGACUGUCAAGUGUGAUCCAAACACAGAGAUUAAGUUGAUGAAAAGGCCUCCAGGUUUUUCACCUUUUCGAUUGCUGGUGAUGAUGGAUGAAAGAAAAGAAACAACUGGGCUCCAAAAGUCCUGCGAGUACCAGGUCCAUCCUCGGGAGGCAGGGCCUGGAGCAGCUCCUAAGAAUGAGGUAGCGCCCCCACAGCAGGCACAGUAGCCCCACCAGCCCCUCUCAGCAGCCCCGAGUGCACAGACAAGAAGAUGAGAUGGAGUUUAAAGAGAGAAGAAUGUCAUUUCAUCAC